AUGACAAAAACUCGCGGUUAUAAAAGUCUUGUUCGUCUAAUGCCGCAUACAGUGGAUGACUUGGAACUUGUAUUUGAUCUGUUAAAGUCCCAAGAUGAAGGUGAUCGUCAUAACUGGCAAACGCGGUAUGUUCUGCUUCUCUGGCUAUCAAUUGUUGUAAUGGUUCCAUUUGCUCUUGAGUGUCUUGAGAAGUCUGGAAAACCCCCACUUAUAAAUCGAAUAAUUUGUGAGGCGAAGAAAUAUGUGGUUCGAGAAGAUAUUACCCAAAUCGCGGCUGCUCAUCUGCUGGCUAAAUUUAUCUCCCGUCCGGAUGUUUAUCCAUCAAAACUUGAGGAUAUCUUCAUGUGGUCUGAGGAUGUGCUUCAGAACGCUCAAUAUGGCUUUCACAGGGAUGAAAUGUGUGUGGCCGGUUGCCUUCUCUCUCUAGCCAAUAUCUGUAAAUUCGUUCCACGAACUGUUCUCUCUCCGCACUCUCGUCGGCUUUUGGAUAUUGUUUUGGAGAAAAUGCCUGAGAGUGUCUCGCAGAAUGCUCUGUUGGCACGUCUUCGAACAAAAGUUAUUCAACGAAUUGGACUCCUCUUUUGUCCACGUAGAGCUGCAGCUGCUUCAUGGAGAUAUCAACGGGGUUAUCGAUCUCUUGAAGACAAUCUUACCUGCAUGAUGAAGAAUAAGGAGGUAGUUGAUAAAGGUGAUGUAAAUGUUUCAAACGCAGCGACUGCCUCCUAUUUGACUGCUGAAAUUGAGGGACGACAAGAUUUGGAAGAAGGAGGGGAGGUAGAGGAAGAUGAUUGUUUGGAAGCAUCCGAAGAGGUAGCAGUUGUUAUCGAUCAUUUAAUCGAUGCACUGAGAAAUAAAUUUACUUGUGUGAGGUGGUCUGCUGCUAAAGGCGUUGGUCGAAUUUGCUCCCGUUUAACCGCUCCAUACGUAGAGGAUGUUUUGACUGCCAUCCUUGAUCUCUGCACUCGUCUUGAAACUUACGCUGCAUGGCAUGGGGCAUGUUUUGCUCUUGCCGAAUUGGGUCGUCGUUGUCUCCUCCUGCCCGAAAAGCUCCCCCAAGUCAUUCCCGUGGUUCUUACAGCUCUCUUCUACGAUGAGAAGUCAGGAGAAUGUAACUUUGGAUCAAAUGUUCGUGAUGCUGCCUGUUAUUGUUGUUGGGCAUUUGCAAGAGCCUAUAAGGCCUCUGACUUCGCCUGUCAUGUACAGGAAGUCUCACAGAAGCUCAUUCUCUCGUCUCUCUUUGAUCGAGAAUUAAAUGUUAGAAGGGCGGCAGCGGCUGCAUUUCAGGAGAAUGUCGGACGUCAGGGCCAGUUUCCCAAUGGCAUCGAAAUUAUUACAACUGUAGACUACUUCGCUGUAGGAAAUAUCUCUAACUGUUAUCUUAAUCUCAGUCGAUUUGUGGCGGGUUUCAAUGAAUAUGCUUCUUCCAUUGUGGAGCAUUUGGCAUUCUCGCGACUUGGUCAUUGGGAUGAGAAUAUUCGGGAUAUGGCAGCUCGAGCUUUGAACAUCCUUGCAUCGCUUACACCUGAACAAAUGAAGACGUCAAUUCUACCUCAGUUGGUUGAAAAUGUUGGUGGAAAUGAUCUCUAUAUGCGACAGGGCAGUGUCUUGGGCAUAUCUGAGUUGAUUCAAGCUCUUUCUGACUUAAACUCGCUUCCUGAAACGAUAGUGAAAGAUGUGAUCGAAAUUGUUCCAAAGUUGGAGGAACGAAAGUUCUUCAAUGGUGUUACUGGAGAGUUAAUGCGCCGAGCGUGUUCUCAAAAGUGGAGACACUUUCUCGACGACUGUUUGAAUCACAAGGAGAUCAGUGUUCGAGAUACAGCCAUUCCUGCCUAUGCUGCACUUAUAUCUUCCUAUGUCUUUGCUAAAGACGGAAGUCUGAUGGAGAAUUAUAGAAUUCAUACCUACUGCGAUAACUUUCUUCCUGCAGAUAUGCUUCUCGGACACCUGCUGGAGUGUCUGAACGCACGUACGGAGAGCUCUCAAAUUGGAUACCUGGGUGUGUUGGCUCGAGCUCCUGGAUUUCUUUUUGUGGAUGAUGUGGAGACAAGUCUUGGGGCGAUUUCAGCCUCCUGUCGACCUACGAAGCUCACUCACCUGUGGGCUAAUGCUCGACAGCAGGCCUUUACAACACUCACUGAGGUUGUAAAGCAUAUUGGAGUAACAGAAGGAAAGAUUUCAGACGCACAGCUUCGCUCUAUCUAUAUUGUUCUCCUGGGCUCACUUGCGGACUACACUACCGACUCUCGAGGAGAUAUAGGCUCUAUUGUGCGUGAGGCAGGGAUGAAGGCUCUUUUGGACUUCAUCAGCAAUCUGGUGAUCUGUGGUCGAACGGAUGUCAUUGACAAGGACGUAAUGGAGCAGGUGUUUGUGCAAAUAGCCCAACAAGCCGUGGAAAAGAUAGAUCGAACACGAGCUGUUGCGGGUCGAGUUUUUGUCGGUCUUCUGCAUCACGAACCCGAAAUUCCUCAUAUUCUCCAUAAGGAGGAACUUAGGACAAUCUUCUCGCAUGAGGCGUUAAAGGAAUUGCAUUGGCUUGUUGGUGAACAAACAUUUCCUCUCUUUGUACAACUGUUUGACUUUCCCGAGUUCGUCUGUCAACUCGUUCUUGGCUUUUCUGUUAGUGUUGGCGGUGUGACAGAAAACACAGUGAAAGCUAGUGCCGGAGCGCUUCGUGACUUUUUAGUCAAGCAUGCAUCUGACGAUGAAUUUCUGCUACGGUUGAUGAAAACUGUUGGCCGUAUUUUCACUAACCUCAAGGAACAGCCUAGGCUAUGUCUCUCUCUAUUACGAUUUCUGGAAUUCCUUCUCUGUGAUCCAGUUAUUGCCGCUCGCUUACAAUCUCACUUAGAAGUCGUUGAUGAGCUGGUCCUAAACACGUGGAGCACCAUUCAUCUAUCAAAAGAUAUUCCCAAAUUGAAGGCGUCAGUUGAUAUAUACGGGGCGGCUCUUCAGUUUCCUGAUCCACUACGCAGUAGGGCAGCUUUGUAUUUGACUCAAAGUCUACGGCACAAAUACCCCAUCAUUCGCAAAGCUACGGCGGCAAAACUAUACGAGUGCAUUUUAGUCUAUGAUGUCGUCGAUCCUGAUGCAAGCACAGAACUAUCCGAUUUACUUUCUGAGACUGUUUGGGAACAAGAAGUCACUGAGUUAAAACCAAUUCGCCUAAGAAUAUGUGAACUCCUUGGUGUACAAACAACACGGCCUGGAUCCUCUGCAUCAAAUGUUUAA